UUGUCCCGCAACAAAACUCAUGCAACACUGCGACCAGGCAACAAAUGUGGCGUUUGGUGUGAACGCACAGUAAGAUUGUCUCCUCGCGAGACGUUUUCUGAGGCAGGCUGAAUGCCUUUCAACAAUACAUGGUAGUACUACUAAAAGCGGAAGUCCCCAUUAUAAUGUAGUAAUGGGGUUACUACAUUAUUAGGAAUUUAUUACAUUAUCAGGUUCUACAAGCCUCUCUAUAAAUACCCUCCCAGCAGGCAGGACUCUGCUCUACUGCCUCCUCUCCUCCCUGCGCGUAAACUCAACCGAUCAGACGGCAACAUGGCUGGAACUGAUAUGUGGGUGAAGAACAGGCCCCUGAAGGUGGGCCACACGUUGACCAUCAGCGGGAUCCCCAAGACUGGUGUUCAACGCUUUGUGGUGAACAUCAGCUCCGGGGUCGACCAUGCGCUCCACAUGAGCGUGCAGUUCCACGGCGCGGUGAUCUACAACUCGUACCAGGGGGGGGUCUGGGGGGACGAGGUCCGCCACGGGGGGUGCCCCUUCAAAUACGACAAGCUCUUCAAGUUCACCGUCACCCUGACCCGUGAGGAGUUCCUGGUGGUUCUGAGCGAUGGCUCUGAGGUCCACUUCCCCAACCGCCUGGGGGCGUCUGAGUACAAGGACUUCUCCUUCGACGAGGGCGUCCUCAUCCGCAGCUUUGAGAUCAACUGACACAGGAUAUUUUUCUGUGAAAAUGGCGGACACCAUAUUCUGCACUUCAAUGUAUUCGAGGUGCUCUCUCUCUCUCUCUCUCUCUCUCUCUCUCUCUCUCUCUCUCUCUCUCUCUCUCUCUCUCUCUCUCUCUCUCUCUCUCUCUCUCUCUCUCUCUCUCUCUCUCUCUCUCUCUGUCUCUGUCUCUCUCUAAGUACUUUGGAUUUGAGCAAAUAACAAUACUUGUAAUUUACGGUUUUUCUCGAUUGUGUACACACAAAAAAUGGAACCAUGCACACAAUUCUGAAAACUCGAAACUCAUGUAUCAACUGCAAGACUCCAGACUGCUAAACUCUAAGCACAAUUCCACGCAUGUUUUUUUCACACUUAUCGAAAUUCUAAAUUCCAUUUUUGCAAAACUCUAAGCACAAAUCUCCUCAUUUAGCACACUUGCUUCACCUGAAAAACACUGGCCUUCAAAACGCCAAACCCAAUUACCAAUUGGUCUGACUCAAUUCUCACCUCUUUCAACUCAACUGGCAGAACACUUCAGUCAUGUGUGAGAGCAUAAAAGAGGCCCCAGGUGAGCUCUGCCGGGUUGUAGAUGAGCUCCUCUGGCUUGAUCAGGAUCGGAGGUGGGAUUCAGACUGAUUUACAUGUAGACCUGUUUCACCGCAUUUAGAUUCUUUGUUUUAUUUUUUGUUGGCCUACGAACAACAUAAAAAAUAUAUAUUUUCUUUGUUACUUUUUUGUAUUGGUGCACUGAUUUCCUCAUUACAUCCCCUGAAGACAAUCUGAA